AUGGCCGUACUGAAGCAAGCAGUGGACAUGUACCUGCAGCACGCAGAGCCAGCAACAGCAGCAGCAGCAGCAGCAACAGCAGCGGGAGCAGCAGUAGCAGGGUCUGGUGCUGCAGCAGCAUCUGGAUACACCUACCGAGCUCGGCUGCUGCUGCUGCUGGCUCAGCAGGCAGCAGCAACUGCGCCGCAUGUCGUGCUGCUGCCGCUACACAGAUACCCACAGCUUGCUGCAGACGCAGCAGCCGCAGCAGCAGCUGCUGCUGCUGCUGGCGAGGACGUUGUGGAACCGUGCCUGCGCACCGAGAUGUUGCUGCUCGCAGCAGAAGCAGCAGCAGCUGCUGCUGCUGCAGACCCUGACUCAGCAGCAGCACGCGACCUGCUGCAGCAAACAAGGCGCCUGGCAGCAGCAGCACUUGUCCAGGAUGGCUGCGUCUACCGCGCCCUGCAGCAGCUGCAGCUGAUGCAGCAGCAGUGGGGUGACAAGGCAGGGGCCUUGCUGCUGCUGCUGCUGCUGCUGCGCCUCAUGUUGAAAUCCCGUGUGCUGCAACAGAAAGAAGCAGCAGCAGCAGCACCAGGCGCUGCAGCAGAGGGAGUUUCUGGGGAGACCUGUCUCUCUGCUGUGGCUUCCGAAGCAGAGGAAGCCCUUGCUGCUCGCUUGCUGCAGGCAGAAGCAGCAGCAGCAGCAGAAGCAGCAGCACAGUACACCGCCUCUGACCCGCUGUGUAUACUCCGCGGCGCUGCUGCAGCAGCUGCUGCUGCUUCCUCGCGUCCCGGCGGCCGGGGGAAGCCGGGGCGGAAGUCGCAGCAGCAGCAGGCGCAGCAGCAGCAGCAGCAGCAGCAGCAGCAGCCCGUCUCAAGCUCUCUACUGUGUCAGCAGCUUGUGCUGCAGCAGCAAUCCAAGCGCGGCGGCUGCUGCACCGCCUUGCUGUUUACCAUGGGGCGCAUGCAGGGGCCCCUCGUGCUGCAGCAGCAAACGUGCGGGGGGAUAUUUUUGCUUCAGGCUGCAGCUCGUCCCGCAGCAGCAGCAGCAGCAACAGCAGCAGCAGCAAGAUCCCGCCGGGAACUUCCCCCAGUGGCUGCUGCAGGCCACUGCAGCGCUGCAACAAGAGCUCGCAGCAGCAGCAGAGUCGCGCUGCAUGCAGCAGCAGGAAGGGCGGAGCCAGGGGCGGCAGCAGCUGCGCGGUUCGCUGCUGCAGGAUUUGCUGCUGCAAGAUUUGCUGCCGCUUCUUUCCCCCUUGUUAGAUAG